CCGCUGCCGCCCCGCCUUCAGUUCCCCGCCUCCCUCGGUCCCGCUCGGUCCUACGUCCGUGGUGUCCUUACGUUCGUCCUUACGUUCCUCCUCGUACGAGUGACCCGCCGCACUGCUCUGCCAUGCGCACAAGAAUAUGGCUGACGGCAACCCUGCUGGCCCUCGCAAUGGAGGUCGUGUGGGGUGACCCCCUCGGCGGCGGCUCUUCGGGCAGGAACCCAGCCAAGCCCCGCGCCUCGGCCCAGAUCUACCCUCUGGCGGACCGGGAGGGCAACUCCCUGUACGCCCUGCCGCCCAAGCUCACCGGGGAAAUGAUCCAGAGCCUGGCCAGGACCCGCCACUGGAGGCCCUACCAGGCCAUCGGCACGUCAUACGACGUCGCGAGAAAACCAGGCCAGUCCAGCCACCGGGGAAGGAGAGAUGCCACCAGCUCACCGUGCACUGAUGGGAAGGUGUUUCGCAGGGGUGUAUGCCAGUGCCCAUACCUCUCCGAGUGGGAUGAGGAACAGGGGGCAUGCGCCUGCACUUAUGGCACAUAUCGCGACAGCAGGGGCAACUGUCACCCGUACUUGUAGACUGCACAUCAUUUCAUGACAUGACAUGACAUGACAUGACAGUAACAGAAUGGCAUGUCAUCAACUGGAAGCUACAGAGGUGUCAUGGAGUUUGGACAUUCCCAUCUACAGAAUAGUGUAGCAUCAUGAAUCUACGGGGACUUCUCAGUAGACUUGAAGAAUAUGCAAGAUUAUACUCAGUCUUUUUAUGUAACCUUAUAGAGGUCAUACUUCGUACUACUUAACAAGCUGGUUUGCUGUUAGGAACUCACUAACAUUGUUCUUCAAUUUGAAAAAAUUAUAAUACACAAAGAAAUGUCUAACCAAACAGUUAUAAUACAGUAAUUAUAUACUGUAUAUAUUAAGAGUAUCUGUAUGCCUAAGUUAUAUAAACACACACACACACACACACACAUAUAUCCGUAACAAACCAUGACUCUUUGUUAAUGCCAUGUAGGAUCUUUCUUAUUCCUCAAUAUUUUUCCUUUUAUUUUUGUAUUUCUUCUCCAUUCCGAACUUAAUUCUAAUAGUUAAUUCACUUCUAUGUAUAUAUUCCAACUACAGUUUCUCUUUUUUUUUCAAAUCUGAACUAAUCUUGUACAAAAACAACAUUAAAUCAAGGUUAAAUCACAUGCAGAUGAAACACUGAUUGAAUAAAAUAUCCCAUUUAUAAUGUGCAAGAUCAAAGUUCCAAUACAGCAUAAAAUACUUUCGUUUAUUUACCCUUUUUGAAAUUAAACUGAAGUCAUUGUAUUAACUUGCUAUACCAAAAACAAAAAUACAAAAAAAGAUGCUUCUCAUUAUCUCACUGAUAUCUGUUUUUGAUCUAAUUAGAACAUAAAUAAAUAUAUAUACACAUACAUUUCAUAUAUGAAAACUUCCUAUUUGCAAAAGUUAUCAACUCAUUAUUAGUGUCACUAGUUAGUCUAUAAUAUUCAACCAGCAUUGAUUUUUAAAUUGAAACUUCCGAUAAAUAUGCCAAAGUUUAUUACGUCAUUAAAAAAGAAAAAAAAUAAUCAAUAAUAUUCCAGAAUCAGUUGUGAUUGUAUAGAGGAUCUUUCUUAUUAUGUAUAUUCAUUCAAUAUAUGCAUGUACCUUAAUGAUAUUAUAAACCAGGUUUCAAUAAACUUAUAGCAUGAACCUUGUCAAACUUAAUAAAUAUAGUCAGUGAUUGAUAACUUUACACUUAAUUACAAAAAAUGAAAAAAAAUGUAUAUUAGCUACUUCAUGUAUACAGUAUAGGUAGAGCAUAAUAUUUUUUUAAUAUUACAGUAAAUGGUCAGCCAACCAGAAUUGCUAUUUACAAGAAACUUCUGAAAAUUAAUUUGAAAUUACUUUAGACUAAUUAUCUGCCAAUAUCAUUUAUCUGACUAAAAAAUUUAAAUUAUGAUUUUACCCAAAUAUUAUGCUAAAUAUAUAUAUUACCUAUGUUAAUUGCCACAUAUAUUGCCUUAUGCAUACAAAACGAUACAACGCAUUAAAAUAUGUAAAUUCCUAAUAAACUGAACUUCAUUAUCAUUGUAUUUGCCAACCAAUUUACUAGCUAUUAAUCCCAUUAUAUCUAUGUAUUGAACAAUUAAUCAUUCAUGUUGAAGUAUCAGUGAAAUAAAAAUUAGACUGGA